AUGAUAAACAGCACACUAGAAAUUGUAAAAGCCAUCUGUAUUGGUCGCAUGGCCGCUGUCUUCCUUCGCAACACUGGUCGUGUGAUGAAAGCCAUCGAGUUAUGCCAGGAAUAUUUGAUUUUCCUAAACAGCCAAGCACUGAUUAAAGAUAUUCGAUUAGCCAACUUACUUUUCCGUGCUAUCUACCUCGUGAUGAUCAAUUCGUACGAAGCUAUGCAUGAGUAUGCAAUUGCCGAAAAAUACCUCAGGGAGCUACUUUUCAUGAACCAAACCUCGGAUGACACCGUCGAUAAAGGAUGGCUAAAUUUACGACUGGCACGUACACUUCGGGCACAAAAUAACUUACUUGAGGCCAGAAAACUUUAUGAAUCAGCAAUAAACAUUAUAAAAAGGAAUGACAAUACACGGACAAAAGUGCUUUUUUACGAAGAUAUGGGAACACUACUCCAUGACAUAGAAGAAUAUGACAAGUGUGAAACAUAUCUACUAAAAGCACUUGCUAUUUCAAAAGAAAUUUGCGACAGGGAUGGAGAAGCGGCAAGCUGCGGAAACCUCGGAACACUGUUCCAGUCGCUUGGUAAAUAUUACAAGGCCGGAGAAUAUCAAGAGAGAGCACUCGCUAUUAGAAAAGAAAUUGGCGACAGGAGAGGGGAAGCGACAAGCUACGGAAAUCUCGGAACAUUGUUCCAGUCGGUUGGCAAGUAUGACAAGGCCCGAGAAUAUCAAGAGAAAGCACUUAUUAUUAGAAGAGAAAUUAGCGACAGAAAAGGAGAAGCAACAAGCUACGGAAACCUCGGAACAACGUUCCAAUCGCUUGGUAUGUUUGACAAGGCCCGAGAAUGUCAGAAAAAAGCACUAGCUAUUAGAGUAGAAAUUGGCGACAAAAAAGGACAGGCAACAAGCAACGGAAAACUCGGAAUAUUGUUCCAUUCACUUUGUAAAUAUAACAAAGCCCGAGAAUGUCAGGAGAAAGCACUAGCUACGUACAUAGAAACUGGCGACAGAAAAGGAGAAGCAAACAGCCACAAAGACCUUGGGAUAUUGUUCCUAUCGCUCGGGAAUUAUGACCAAGCCCGAGAGCAUCUAGAGAAAGCACUCGCAAUCCAAUUAGAAAUUGGCGACAAAAAAGGAGAAGCAACUAGCUACGGCAACCUUGGAGCAUUGUUCCACGUCAAAGACAAUUAUGACAAGGCCCGGGAAUAUCAGGAGAAAGAACUAGCCAUCAGAACCGAAAUUCACGACAAAAAUGGAGAGGCAUUAUGUUAUGGAAGCUUAGGAUUACUGUUCCAGUCCCUUGGAAAAUACGAUAAGGCGCGAGAAAAUCAGGAAAGAGCACUUGCUAUUGCAAAAGAAAUUGGCGACAGAAAUUUAGAAGCAUCAAACUACGGAAACCUCGGAAGAUUGUUCCAGUUGCUUGGUAAAUAUGACAAGGCCCGAGAAUAUCAAGAGAAAGCACUCGCCCUUGGUAAAUAUGAUAAGGCCCAAGAAUAUCUGGAGAAAGCACUUGCUAUCAUUAGAGAGUUAGAUAGCAGCAACAGAAAUAAAGAAUCGACAAACUUGGGAAAGGUAGGAACAUUGUUCCAAGCACUUGGUAAAUAUGACAAGGCCCUAAAAGAUCAGGAGAAAGCGCUUGCUAUGAAAAUGGAAAUUGGCUACAGAAGACUAGAAGCAGUAUGUUAUGGAAACCUCGGAUUACUGUUCCAGUCCCUUGGAAGAUACGACAAUGCCCGAGAAAAUCAGGAAAGAGCACUUGCUAUUGCAAAAGAAAUUGGCGACAGAAAUUUAGAAGCAUCAAACUACGGAAACCUUGGAACAUUGCUCCAAUUGCAUGGUAUAUAUGACAAGGCCCAAGAAUAUCAGGAGAAAGCACUUGCUAUUAGAGGAGAAACUGGCGACAGAAAUGGAGAAGCAUCGAGCUACGGAAACAUGGGAACAUUGUUUCAAUUACUAGGUCGAUGCGACGAUGCCCGAAUAUAUCAGGAGAAAGCUCUUGCCAUUAGAUUAGAAAUUGGCGACAGAAAUGGAGAAGCAACAAGCUAUGGAAACCUGGGGACAUUGUUUCAAGCCCUUGGUGAGUAUGACAAAGCCCAAGAAAAUCUGGAGAAAGCACUCGCCAUCAAAUUAGAAAUUGGUGACAGAUAUGGAGAGGCAACUAUCUUGGAAAACCUCGGAACAUUGUUCCAGUUGCUUGGUAAAUGCCACAAGUCUCGAGAGUACCAGGAGAAAGCUCUCGCUAUUACAAUAGAACUUGGCAACAGAAAAGAAGAAGCAGUAUGCUAUGGAAACCUCGGAGCAUUAUUCCAUACCCUUGGUAGAUAUGACAAGGCCCAACAAUAUCAGGAGAAAGCACUUGCUAUCCGAUUAAAUAUUGGCGACAGAAAUGGAGAAGCAAAAAGCUACGGAAACCUAGGAAAGUUGUUCCAAUCGCUCGGUAAAUAUGACAAAGCCCGAGAGUAUCAGGAGAAAGCACUUGCUAUCACAAUAGCAAUUGGCGACAAAAAUGAAGAAGCAUCGAGCUACGGAAACCUGGGAACACUGUUGCAAUCACUAGGUAAAUAUGACAUGGCCCGGGAAUAUCAGACGAAAGCACUAGCUAUUAGAACUGAAAUUCGCGACAGAAAUGGAGAAGCAACAAGCUUGGGAAACCUCGGAAUACUGUUCCAAUCAAUUGGUAAAUUUGACAAGGCCCUAGAAUAUCAGGAGAAAGCACUAACCAUUGCAAAAAAUGUGGGCGACAGGGAUGGAGAAGCAGCAAUUUACGGAAACCUUGGAACAUUGUUCAAAACCCUUAGUAAAUUAGACAAGGCCCGAGAAUAUCAGGAAAAAGCACUCGCAAUCCGAUUAGAAAUUGGCAACAGAAAUGGAGAGGCCCGAGAAUAUCAAGAGAAAGCACUCGGUAUUAGGAAAGAAACUGGCGAUAGAAAUGGAGAAGCAUCGAGCUACGGAAAUCUUGGAACAUUGUUCCAGUCGGUUGGUAAAUAUGACAAGGCCCGAGAAUAUCAUGAGAAAGCGCUUAACAUCAGAACAGAAAUUGGCGACCUGAACGGAGAAGCAAAAUGCCUAGGAAACUUCGGAACAUUGUUUCAGACGCUUGGUGAAUUUGAAAAGGCUCAAGAAUUUCUCGAGAGAGCACUAAGUAUGUGUAAGAGAAUAGGCAACAGAAAAGAUGGGGCGACCAAUUAUGGAAACUUAGCAGCUCUGUUUAUUUCUCUCGGUAAAUACCGAAAGGCUGACGAGUAUUCAGAGAAAGCACUGGCAAUUAGAUUACAAAUUGGUGACAGAAGAGGAGAAGCAACAGAUUACGAACAUCUUGGUAGAAUUUCCCUUCAGUGUGGCUAUUAUGACAGGGCUCAAGAAUAUUUCAAGGAUGCCCUUGCAAUUCAAAUGGAAAUUGGCGAUAGAGAGGGAAUGUUAAACAGUUUCAUGGGUUUGGGAUUGUGUUUUCAAUCGCUUGAUGAAUAUGACGUGACCGAAGAAUACCUCAAGAAGGCUCUCCUUUUAAGCAGGGAUAUUGGAAACAACUUGAAAGAAUUUCACUGUCUUUGUUGUCUAACGAUAUUGAAGUCACUUCAAAAUAAAGUUAAAGAGGCCCUCUCGUGGUCUUUUCAAAGCAUAAAAAAAUUCGACACUCUGCGAGAUUUUCAGGAACGCAACGAUCAAUUUAAAACAUCCCUUUUAGAGGAGCACGGUGCUCCUUCCUACAGGUGGCUCAGUGUCACGCUUUCUUCUGCCGAUAAACCUAAAGACGCUAUCUAUGUCGAAGAGCUGAGACGGGCGAGAGGCUUGGCCGACUUGAUGGCAGCUCUGUACUCUAUUGAAGAACAGAUCUUAGGGAACCCACGAUCAUGGUGUGGCAUUUGUAAAAUUAUCACAAGAGAGUUAGACUGCGCAUGCCUGUACGUUUCGGUAGAGAAAGAAGAAGUUCGUUUUUGGAUUCUCAAAGCAACGGGAGCCAUUCAUUUUACCGAAAAGAAGGUGGACCUUGAAGCAAACGUGCUGACCGGAUUAGUGCCCGACUUAAACGAGUUUCUUAAAGAGAGCUUUCGAAGCCCUAACAGAAUUGACGACGUGAAUUGCAAAGAUCGAUAUCAAGAGGACACACAAUCAAUGUCACUUCGCCAUGGAAGCCGCCUGCCUCUGCGUGAUUAUGAUGCUAAAGAAAUCAAAGCGAAUCUUCAAUUAUGCUACGAGAUAAUCAUUUCUCCUGUGAUUGACUUGCUUAAGGAGCCCGAGAUUAUAAUUGUUCCCGAUUCUUGUAUGUACCAAAUACCAUUUGCAGCCCUAAUUGACGAAGGUGGCAAGUAUUUAUCAGAGAAAUUCCGACUCCGAAUCGUUCCGUCCUUGACGACUCUCAAGCGUAUCCAGGACAGUCCUCCAGACUAUCACAGUAAAACAGGUGCGCUGAUAGUGGGUGAUCCUGAAGUGGGAGAUGUGAUUUGUAAUGGAAGACGCAUGACAUUCACAGCAUUGCCAUGUGCAAGAAAGGAAGCAGAGAUGAUUGGAAGACUUUUUGGCGUAACACCUUUGAUUGGAGACUGUGCGAAGAAGCAAGCCGUUCUUCAAGCUAUAAAUUCGGUGAGUCUAAUUCAUCUCGCUGCCCAUGGUAAUGCCGAAAGAGGAGAGAUUGCUCUCUCUCCGAUGCGCCCAUCUCUCUCUAUUCCACGAGAAAAAGAUUACGUUUUAACGAUGGCGGACAUUUCAAAAAUCCAGCUACGGGCUAAACUGGUGGUACUUAGCUGUUGUCACAGCGGGCGUGGAGAGAUUAAAGCCGAAGGAAUUAUUGGAAUCGCUCGAGCCUUCUUAGGAUCGGGUGCGCGCUCCGUGUUAGCGGCGCGCUGGGCCCUGAACGACGUAGCCACGGAGCAGUUCAUGACUUGUUUCUACGAGCACCUGUUCCGUGGUGAUAGUGCCAGUGAAGCUCUUUACGAGGCCAGAAAGUGGAUGAGAAAUAACGGCUUUGACAAAGUUUCACAAUGGGCACCCUUCAUGCUCAUUGGUGACAACGUGAAAUUUAAUUUUGAACAGUGCCCACCGCAUCAUUAUUGCCAUGAGUCGAGUAAGCCUUCUGUAGAUGAAAUGGACUAA